AUGUACUUCACCAGCUGCUCCACGGGCUGCCAGCCGGCCAGCUGCACCCCCAGCUCCUGCCAGACAUCCUGCUGUGUGCCCGUGAGCUGCCAGACGUCCUGCUGUACCCCCAGCUCCUGCCAGACGUCCUGCUACGUGCCCAGUCCCUGCCAGGUGACCUGCUGCGUGCCUGUGAGCUGCCAGACGUCCUGCUGCACCCCCAGCCCCUGCCAGACGUCCUGCUGCGUGCCCAUGAGCUACAAGCCUGCUGUGUGCCUGCCCGUGAGCUGCAAGCCAGUUGUGUGCCUUCCCGUGAGCUACAAGCCCAUUGUGUAUGUGGCCCCCUCCUGCCAGUCCUCAGGGGGCUGCCAGCCCUCCUGCCCCACCCUGGUCUGCAGGCCUGUCCCCUGUGGCAUCCCUAAUUGCAGCUGA